AGAAAACAACCAAAUGCCAGAGCAGAGAUCUUAUAUGCACUUGGUCAGACCCAACGUGGCUGCCCCAGGUGCUCCUGCCGCCAACGGCCCACUGACCGUCAAGAUCCAGGCUCCAGCCCUUUUCCAAAUCUUGGAAAUAGUUUCCAAGCAAGUUCUCUACACAGACAAGCGUAUUAUCGGUACUCUUUUAGGAUCCCGUUCAGACGACUUAUCUGAGUUCGAAAUCAAGCAUGCCUUCAUGGUGCCCUGCAAUGAGACAGGAGAUUCCGUCACCAUCGAAGAUCACACACACAAGACAUUAUACCAGUUAUACAAGAAGGCUCAUCCCAAGGAUGCCGUGUUGGGUUGGUUCGGCUCUUCCAGCACGAUUGACAACACCACUGGCUUGAUCCACGACUUUUACUCCAAGGGAUCCGAUAGAGCAUAUCCUUACCCAGCCAUAUACUUGAAUGUCGACUACUUGAAAGACAACCGUAUUUCCGAACCAAAGUUGUCCACCUAUAUUGGUGCUGCUGUAGGAAAGCCAGUCAGUGGAGUCCAGUUGGGCUGGAAGGCAAACAUCAACAACUACAUCUUCACGCCUAUUCCCAAUGAAGUGAUAAGCAGCUCCGUCACCGAAAAGAUAGCGUUGAACAAUUUAAGGGAAAAGUCCGUCAACACCGCUUCUUUCGUGUUGGACUCAGCCGAGGACGCAUCUUUCUUGUCGGCUCAGUUGGAAGCUGUGACCUCCAACAUUGACAAAUUGCUUGCUGAGAUUCUGAACGUAGACAAUUCUGAUGCCAACCUCGACUUGUUGAGAUUGUUGAGCAACAACUUGUUGAACAAGCCACAACUUUUGACCAACUUGCCUGAGUUGGAAAGACUCUUCAGUGCCCACAACCAGGACGUGACUUUGAUCGAGUACUUGACCAAGGUCAUCAAGGAACAGAUCGAGUUGAGUGCCAGAUUGACAGCCACUGCCGAGGCCGAAAAGAAGUACUAGUAGCAUAGUAAUGUACAGUAAUAACACAGAGCUAGGAGACGGAAUGAUACGUUUUUAGUUUUCCGUAUAGUCUAUG